AUGGCCCAAGCGCGAGUCUCUCCGCCGGGAGCGCACUUCUCGUAUUCCACGCCGCCCAGCCCACUCUCUCUGGACGGCAAGCCGCACUCGUUGGAAGGUCGGGUCAGCAACCCGCCUCACGCGCAGCAAGAUGCGGGUGUGGCGGAGGCGGCAGAGCUGACGGCGGACCUAUGCGCGAUGGGCGGAGACGAGGAGAUGGUGGAAGAGGGGAACUGCGAGGGCGGAGGGGGGUUGGAGUGGCGGCGAGUGGUGGCGAUGCUGAUGUCGGACACGAAACACGCGAUGAACGCUGUGGAUUGCGUCAUGGGCGGGCAGGGCGGACAGGACGAGCAGCAGCAGCAGCAGCAACAACAUUACGACGAGAUGCGAAACCAGCAGCUGUCGCACCAGCAUGUUGAUCACACGUUACACGACGAUCACGAGACACAGCACCCGUGGCAGCGGCUCGAGAAUGACACUGCGCAGUGCCACCAUCGCAACUGGCAGGCGACCCCAUCCGCCUCAUCUCCGCUCAAGCUCGUUAUACCCAUCCCGCGGCACCACGGGGAGACCCACUCCGCAGCAACUACCACAGCGACACAUGUCGGCGAUGCCGUGGCCGGUCCAGCCUCCAGCAAUGGGCUCACGCCCCACCAACUGCAAAUCACGCCUCAGCUGCAAAGCCCGUGUCCACAACACCAAGUCUAUCCUGCGCCAUCUCCCGUAUUCUCGACUCCUGUCGGCGACUCACCACCGUCGUACUAUCGACCCGAAAUCGGCAGCGACGGUAAGGCGCGCCGAGUCCCGCUCCGACACUGUGAGCGGAGCCUCCAGCCGCUCAAGCUGUCGCUGACUGAAGCUCGCCCGCACGACCUGCUUGGCUCGGAGCAGCCUGCGUCGGAGGGAUGGCGAAGCAAGUCGAAACGGCGCGAGGAACUAACAGUGGGGUCACCUCGCGCUCAAGUGAUGUCGCCUGGCGUGCAGAUGGUGUCGCCUGACGACGGGUUCACGUCGCCUACCUGCCUGACGUCCUCGCCUGGCGUUCGGAUGGCGACGUCCCCUGGCCUACAGUCGCCGCCUAUCAUUCUGCUCGACGACAUGAGCGCAGGGAGUGGGCGAAGCGCACCGAAGCGAAGGCGCGGACAUUCUGGUUCUUGGGAGGCUCGCGGGAGUAGCGAUUCCCCAGGUGCUCAUAGAGCCGCGGUUGCGCAAGAGGAGCGUUCUGCAGGAGCAGUCAGCGUGUCACCCGCUGCUGCUGCUACCCCAUUUGAGGGGCCUGAUUGGCUGCACCACCUGCACUCGGGCAAGCUGCAAACGCUCCCAAUCAUGCUACGGAUGGAGACGACCAAGGAUCGCAUUUCGCUACUACGACAACUCGUCGCACCCGCACUAACGAAGGGAGACACGGCGACGGUGCUUGGCGAGGUCGAACAGUUUGUGAGGGCAGUUUACGAGAAGCUCAAGGAGAUCAGCAACGGUCACGAGCAGCACGCCGCGUUUCCCGCCAACGAGAAUGGGGAGGGGUGGUGCGCUCCGGCUAGUGGCUGGGCACAGAGUGAAUUUAGAAUGGAUGGAGGUGUUGGUGGCCGCGAUGGCGUGGGAUUGGCUGCCAAGGGUCUGAGGCUGGUUACUCGACGAACCGUGGAGACGUUCGUGAAUCGAGCGACACAUUGUAGGAAGCAGUAA